AUGGAUACCGUUAAAAAAACCGGAAGGAAACACGGCACAAUGGCUACUGCAAUGUUUUUCAUUGCUGCUAUGCUGUCUGUAGUUAAAGAAUCAUUUGCCAUCCCGAGUGGACACUUUCCAGAUAGCAAUUUUCUAGAAGAAGAUAGAUAUUCGCCUGGGUUCCUGACACUUGGGCAAAAGUACAGUAUAGCCAUUGGAUCCACAGUAGUGCUGCCGUGCAAAAUUAAUGAGACAGAAAACUCUAGCCAAUACGUACUAGCAUGGAAGCGCGACAUUGCCGUACUAACAGCUGGAAACGUGAAGGUCACGGUCAAUCCAAGGAUUCGAUUAAUGCCAGUUCAGGCUCACACUGAUCCGCAUGGAGCAUUGUCAACAGGGUACAACCUAGAAAUUCGAGAUGUGCGCAACUCGGAUGCCGGAGACUACAUUUGUCAGAUAGGUUCGAUGGAACCGAAAGAAAUAGUGCACACCUUGGAAAUAUUAGUACCUCCGAAAAUUGACUACAUUUCACCGGCCAACAAAAUGGACAUCCACAAAGGGGCACCAAUACGCAUGGAGUGUCGGGCAUCCGGUAAUCCUACUCCAAAAAUUAUUUGGUCUAGGAAGAAUAACGUAAUGCCAAAUGGUGAAGCUAAUAAGACGGGAAAUGUGCUCGACAUACUGCAUGCUAACCGACAUAGUAGUGGUCAUUACAAAUGUACCGCAGAUAAUCGGGUCGGUCAAGCUGAUUCUCGGGAGGUGUUCGUAAAUGUGUUGUAUCCUCCAGAAAUUGAAGUCGAGCAGCCGAUCGUGCAUAGCGGUAUUGGUCAUGAAGCUCAGCUGGUGUGCAUCGUUCAUGGAGAGCCUUCUCCGAGCGUUGUUUGGUACCAGGAUACCACUCAACUCGGCAUAACUGAACAAUUCUCCCAACAGAAUCGUGGCAACAAGUACAGUCUCGUUAUUCGAAAUGUCACAUACUCUGAUAUUGGUAACUACACCUGUCAAGCGUCCAAUGCUCUUGGCAAAGACCGUGGUACGCUGUCCCUUAGCGGGUUACCAACGCUAUGUUACUUUGACUCGCCCACUCUCAGCAGCUAUCGAGAUCAGUACAACAUUUCCUGGACGGUGCAAAGCUACUCUCCGAUUCGCGAGUACCGUCUAUUCUUCCGACUUGCCUCGAAAAACAUGCACCUUUUGCACCACGAAAAACCCCUUGACAAUCACAUCUACAGCGAUCGGACGGCGACCAACAGUCACCUGUACAACAGCCCAUUCAGUGGCAGCGUUAGUGCCCACGGUGGCGACCAGUGGGAAAACGUUGUCAUACCGGAGAUGAAUGAUUACGGUGCACCCAAUCACUUCUUCAACAUGGUCCCGCCGUACGCUACAUACCAGCCCACAAUUCGGCAUCGGAUGAGCUUCCAGUUGAAGAAUCUCAAACCAGCUAGUAACUAUGAGGCACGGGUGCAGGCGAGAAACGAUCACGGCUGGAACAAGCUGUCGAGUAUAUUUCACUUCUCCACUCGUUCGGAAGUAGAUAUGGAACUGGAACCGUCCGCCCAACCUGCCGUCCACGGUGCCGGGCUGCUAGAUAAGGGGCUGCUGAGCAGCAGCGAUGCUAGUACGAUCGCAAGCAGUCAUUUCCAUAAAUCAUGGACACUUUCCAUUUUCAUCGUAUUAAUUACCACACACCUACUGCCGUCGCUGUGCACUGCCUUAUCGGUGGUAUGA